AUGUCAGCAGCGUCUUCGUCGGUCGGCCAUGUAAGGGGGUCAGCGUCGUCGGUGGCGUCAAACAGCACAGAGGGCGGAUUCGGCACAGGGGCCGGCGGUGGCGCGGACGCGGAGCGGCGCCCACCGCCGCGACUUCGGUACUUCUUUGAGUGUUUUGUUCCAGACGAGGACGCCACAGAUGCGCAGUCCUUGAGCGAGGUGUGGCGGCACAUGGAGCCCCUCAAUCCUUUCCACUACCGCGAGCUGUGGUGCGGCGUCGACGGCGCAGUUGCCGCAUCGACAACGGCCGCCGGCCCGGGAUGGGUGAAGCCAGAGACGCCUGUUGAAUGGAACGCUUUUACCGACGGCGACCGUGCCACCGACGGCAGUGCCUCGAAAGUGGAGGACAGCGCUGUGAAGAAAGAGGCGCAGGAUGGGGCACUGCCGUGUUCGCCCGCGCGGGUCACCGGUGGCGUUCUUACAACUCGCGCAGCUCAAAAUGCACUCCGCACGCUGCGCGCCGUUGGGAUACCGGACGAGCUCAGCUGCAUGGUGAUGCUUUCAGUCCGUAUCCCGCCCGGCGCGCGUCUCACGCGCAAGCAGGAGAAAGUACUUAGACUGCGAGUGCAGCGCCGCCCUGCGCCUCCACGGCCGAUCCGCCGUGGAGCGAAAGUGUUUGUGCCUGUCCCUGCUGUCCUCGGUAGUGCCGCAGAGAACGGGGUGCCUGUAGGAAGCACCAGGGGUGGUGGCGGCCUCCUUGAUGUGACGGCGCUGGGGCCGCGCGUGAUGCGGCUUGCUCCCGCUGGCUUUGCUGACGCGGCGGCCGGCGUCGGCAGCGCAGGGUACUCCAAGGUGCCGUCUGCGGUGUCAGUCAUGGGCGAGUUCGCCUUUGAUGACGACGACGAGGACGAGAAAUACUUCCACAGCGGUCGUCGUGCCGGUAUGAAGCGCAGCCGCCAUGACGUGGAGGAUGAGCGGCUGGACGACGGGGAUGUACCGCUUAUCAACUCUGGCCGAUGGGGUCUGGAUGAUAGCGCCGGCGGCGGCGUGGGUGGCUCAGUCGGUGCCACCGCCGCUGCUGGCGCGGCAGGUGGCGCUGUGACGGCACAGGGAGACGAGGUCGAGGAAGACCACGAUGAAGAGGAUGUCUUCUCCACUGGCAUGGUCGACGACGAUGACGACGAGAAUAUGGGGAGUGAGGACAACGCGCAGGAGGACGGGGACAGCUUUGGCGGCGGUGACGACGGCGAUGACAGUUUGUAA